AACACCAACCGCAACACCCUCAAGCUAAACACACGCACGGCGUUGGCCUUUCUAGAGAACGGCAGCUCGCCAACGGGCAUUUCCACGCUCACCUUGUCACCGGCAACCAUCGAGCGGGACUCAGAGGGCAGGUCGUUGCGUCGAGCAGAAGAUCCUGCAGGAGAUGCAGGACCUCAAAUCGCGCGGGGCGGAGCUGAAGCGCCUGCGCAAGAUUAACAGGCAGAACACACUAAAGGCCUCGCUGGACAAGCUCCAGCUCAGCACAGUCGACGAGGCCAAUGCGGACGACGUUGAGGUGGAGCACUGCUAUGGACACGGAAAACUGCGCAAUGCCCAGUCCACCCAGGAUUUGGAUAGAAAUAGGAAAGUCAACGAACCGGAGAUCAUACAUAAGACCGCUGGCAAUCGUAGCCUGAAUGCAGCCGCCUACAUAGCCAACGGAGCCAGCAAUGGCAGCAUUAAUGGGAUGCGUCCGGCCAUGUCGCUGGCCCAGCUCUAUGAUCUGACACCCAAGGAAGCGCCCUCAUCGCGAGACCUCAUUGCCCAGUGGGAAAGCCUGAUCAAGAAGAAUGCCGCGAAUGGAACGGUUAAGGCGGCCAUUACUACUUUUAAAAAAGGAAGUGUGACCGCUUUGACUUUCAUCUGGUUGCCCGCAGCCAUGUGCAACAGCGACGAUCAGUGACGAUGUACAGCAUUGACUAUCGAUUGCUGACAUACAACGAUACGCAGCUUUAACUAUCGAUUGCUGGCAUGGAACCAUUUGCAGCUUUGACAUCCUACGUUUUGG